AUGAAGAAGACGAAGCCCUCUCCCCAAAUAUUCGCAGCUUUGGCAGGCACAAUGCUAGUGAUCGUAAUUGGAUUCCACGUUGGAUGGGCAUCACCGGCAUUACCCAAAUUGCUGGAAGAUACUUCGGUCCCGGUAACACGUGAGCAAGCCUCCUUGACCGUUAGCCUUCUAUCAAUUGGAAGUGCCCUUGGUCCUCUCUUGAGUAUCGCUACGGUGGAUAGAUGGGGAAGAAAGGCAACGAUGUUACUACUAUCGAUUCCAUUUUUCAUUUCAAGUAUCCUCAUCGCCUUCGCUCAAAACUACUGGUGGUACUACGUGGGAAGGACCAUGUGCGGACUGACAUGUGGAGUCACCUGGGUAGUCGUACCCAUAUACAUCGGAGAGAUCGCAGAGGAUAAAUUCCGCGGAGGUUGCGGUAUCCUGAUAGGGGUUAUGAGGAACUUGGGAUACGUGUUGGCCUACAGCAUCGGACCGUGGGCUAGCAAGUUUGUUCUCGCAGCGUUCGGUGCGGCGAUACCAGUCGUGUUCCUUUCAAUUUUUAUAUGGAUGCCGGAAACGCCUUACUUCUACGUGAUUAAGGGUAAACCCGAGUUGGCUAGGGAGAGUCUCCAAUGGUUGAGGGGUACAAUGAACGUCAGCGAGGAGAUGGAAGUCGUGAAGAAGAACGUGGAGUUUGAUUUACAGAACGCAGGGACAUUGAAUGAGCUGUUUACGGACAAGGGGAAUCGGAAGGCACUAAUCAUCGUUCUUGGUGUGAUCUCGGCCUCGGAACUGGCUGGCAUGGCGGCAGUUAGCGCUUACAGUACCUUGAUCCUCAACGAAGUUGGAUCCGACAUAACCCCAAGCACUUCCGUCAUUUUAACUGGAGUCGUUCAACUCGUCAUCUCGAUUAUAUCUGUCUUUCUCGUUGACAGGAUUGGUAAAAAACCGACGCUACUUGGCAGCAUGUUACUUACCACGCUAUUCUCAACAGGUCUAGCGGUCUACUUCCAUUUGCGAGCUGACGGAUUUGACGUCUCUGGAAUUUCGUGGCUACCAGCGACGGCAAUAAUCAGCUUCACAGGCUCUUACUCAAUGGGCUUGGGUGUGAUGCCUAUGUGCAUUAAUUCCGAAAUAUUUCCAUGCAACUUCAAGGCUUAUGGUAUAAUAUUGGUCUGCAUGUAUUGUAGCGGUGCUUCAGCUGGAGUCUUGGAAUUAUAUUCAGCUUUUGCGUACACAUACGGUAUACACUUUGCAUUUUACAUUUUCGUGGCAUGCACUGUAUUUUUCAUGUUUUUCGUAUUCUUCUACAUGUUCGAAACCAAGGGAAAAUCUUUGGGUGAAAUUCAGCAAAUUCUGAAAAAGUGAUUCGAACAAAAUCAAACAUUGCAAUCAAGUUGCACAAUUCCGAUCCUUGCUGUUGGAUUCCACGUUGGAUGGGCAUCGUCAUCCUUGCCUAAACUACUGGAAGACACGUCUGUCCCGGUAGAUUCUACACAAGCCUCUUUGAUCGUUAGCCUUCUGUCAUUAGGUGGUGCCAUCGGCUCGCCGUGCAGUUUCCUGGUGGUCGACAGGUGGGGAAGAAAGACGAUAAUGUUACUUCUAUCGAUUCCGUACGUAGCCUCAGGCGUCCUUCUAGCUUUUGCUCAAAGCUACUGGUGGUACUACGUGGCAAGGUUUGCUAUCGGGUUUGCGGGCGCAGUCACGUUCGUCGUCACUCCCAUGUACGUCGGAGAGAUUGCAGAGGACAAAAUUCGCGGAGGCCUUGGUGUGUUGGUCAUGGUUAUGCAAAACUUGGGAAUGGUGUUAGCCUACAGCAUUGGGCCAUGGGUCAGCCUACUUUCACUUGCAACGAUAGGCAUUGCAAUGCCAGUCGUCUUCUUUGCUACGUUCGUCUGGAUGCCGGAAACACCCUAUUUUUACAUUAUAAAAAAUAAGCCAGAACUGGCUAGGGAGAGUCUUCAAUGGUUAAGGGGAACGACGCACGUCGAUGAAGAGAUCGAGAUUGUGAAGAAAAACGUAGAGUUUGACUUACAAAACGCGGGGACAUUCAAGGAGUUGUUAUUUAACCAAGGAAAUCGAAAGGCGCUCUUUAUUGUCCUUGGGAUCUUCUCAGGCCAACAAUUAUCCGGUAUCUACGCUAUCUUGGCGUACAGUACAACCAUUUUUAACAAUGCUGGUUCCGGUGAAAUUCUGGCCAGCAUUUCCGUCAUCAUAACUGGAGUCAUUCAACUGGUCGUCUCGCUUGCGACUUUUUUUAUUGCCGACAGAAUAGGCAGGAGAUUAUUGCUGAUUGGAUCCAUGUUUUUCACCAUCAUAUUUCUGAUAAGUAUGGCGAUUUACUUCCAAUUGAAAACCGACGGAGCAGAUGUCUCUGAAAUUGCGUGGCUGCCUGUCAUGUCAAUGUUCGGCUUCGUGUGCAGCUACUCCAUUGGCUUGGGUCCACUGCCCGUUUCUGUCGUUUCCGAAAUCUUCCCGUGCAGCGUCAAGUCUCACGGAACGACACUUACCAUGACAUAUUUUACCAUUAUUGGAGUUCUGGUUACACAAUUUUAUCCGAGUAUAUCAAGGAUAUACGGUAUUCACGUCACGUUAUACAUAUUCGCGAUCUGCGUUGCUAUUUUCAUGGCUUUCACAUUUUUCUAUGUACCUGAAACCAGAGGAAAAUCAUUGAAUGAAAUUCAACGGAUGCUGCAUACGCGAUCCGAAUCGAAGCAAACUUUGCAAGCAUUCUUUACACCCGAAGGUAUUCAUAUUUAA